ACGUCAGUCGAGCGGGGCGCGGUCGCCGUCAGUCGUCACGGAGUGGAGCUGGUGCUUGUCAUCCGGCCGCCAUUAUCUCAUACGGAUUCAUAAAAUCAAUUAAAGUUACGCUGCCGUUACGCGUUUCAGUGUGAAGUGGAUUAGAAAAUUGUGAAAGUUUAAAUAGUGCGGCCGUAUUCCUAUCUUAGUGAGUCAAUCAGACAGUGUUUAGUGGUAGGUUUAGGUUACUGUGUUGGGUGCUAACAUUGUGUAGGGUGGCUCCGGUGAAGUCGGGGCAGCAGGACGUGUGUGAAGCGUAUGCAGAGGGAGCGGUGAGAGUGCGCCCGGCUCGAGAGUCGGGGCGGACGGCGGCACAGGCACACCAAUAGCUGCCAAAAUGGGUUGCGCUCAGUCGGCAGAAGAGCGCGCCGCCGCUGCUCGCAGCAAGGCGAUCGAAAAGACCCUGAAAGACGAUGGAAUCCAAGCAUCCAAAGAUAUUAAAUUGUUGCUGUUAGGUGCCGGAGAGUCGGGCAAGAGUACUAUCGUCAAACAAAUGAAAAUUAUCCACGAGAGUGGUUUCACAAAUGAAGACUUCAAACAGUAUCGACCCGUGGUGUACAGCAACACGAUCCAGUCGCUCGUCGCCAUCUUGCGCGCCAUGCCCAACUUGGGUAUCACCUACGCCAACAAGGACCGGGAGAGCGACGGCAAGAUGGUGUUCGACGUGAUCCAGCGUAUGGAGGACACGGAGCCGUUCAGCGAGGAGUUGCUGGCGGCGAUGAAGCGGCUGUGGGCCGACGCCGGGGUACAGGAGUGCUUCGGCCGCUCCAACGAGUACCAGCUCAAUGACUCCGCUAAAUACUUCCUCGACGACCUGGACCGGUUAGGCGCCAGGGACUACCAGCCCACCGAACAGGACAUCCUCAGGACCAGGGUCAAAACCACCGGCAUCGUUGAAGUUCAUUUCUCCUUCAAAAACCUUAAUUUCAAAUUGUUCGACGUGGGCGGGCAGCGGUCCGAGAGAAAGAAAUGGAUCCAUUGCUUCGAGGAUGUGACCGCGAUCAUAUUCUGUGUGGCCAUGUCCGAGUACGACCAGGUGUUGCAUGAAGACGAGACGACGAACCGUAUGCAGGAGAGUUUGAAGCUGUUCGACUCUAUCUGCAACAACAAGUGGUUCACUGACACCAGCAUCAUCCUGUUCCUCAACAAGAAGGAUCUCUUCGAGGAGAAGAUACGCAAGUCGCCGCUCACCAUCUGCUUCCCGGAGUACACGGGAGCGCAGGAGUACGGGGAGGCGGCGGCGUACAUUCAGGCACAGUUCGAGGCCAAGAACAAGUCCACCACUAAAGAGAUCUACUGCCACAUGACGUGCGCCACCGACACCAACAACAUACAGUUUGUGUUUGACGCCGUCACUGACGUCAUCAUAGCCAACAACCUGCGCGGCUGCGGAUUGUACUAGACUCACAACGAGCACAUCCGCCGGGGCUAUUCUGUCACACAACUCACCAAUACAACCAAUACUUUAUUGUAUUCUGAUUGUGGUUAAAUUUUGUCGCUCCUAAAUCAAAGUGUCAUCAAUAUACUUAUUGUUUUCAGUUUAAUAUGACAUGACGAGAGCAUAGUGUCACUAGUUCGAAAGUUGUUCGUUGGUGAUGUUCAAAGUUACAUAAUAGCCCCCUGGGGCGGCGGUGCGACCACUGAUAAUGUGAACACCGCAUUUGGAAAUGACGUCGCUACGAACGUAUUUGUUCGUAUUUUUUGUGUUUUAAAGAAACUUGAUGAUUAAUCAUAGAAAUUGUAAGUCAGUAAAAUAAGUUACGGCGUUUGAGGAGUCAUUGAGAUACAAUUUAAUGUUUUUUUUUUUUGUCUCAUUUGGUCGUUAUAUAAAGUAAUUACGUGUAAAAUUGAAAUUGAACUCGUUCUCGUGGUCGUACCGGCGUCGUGUCGUCGUCGGCGUGUCGACUCUUGUGUUUCGCGACCGCGUUAUCUCGAAGUGUGACAGUCGUUCGCCGUCGUUAGUGUGACGCAGCUGAGCCUAUAACAUAUAUUUUGUAUGGGAAGUGCUUACACAGGAUAUACCGCCGAUGUGCAGAUAUCAGCCGCGUGGCUUCGACGCAUCCUUCUCUAUGUUUCAGUGCGGGCUCGCGACCCGAAACAUCGUGACUAGAUCCAUUACGUGAACUACUCAGCCGCUUCUACCCCUUCUAAACGUAAUUUUUGAUACACGCUUAGUU